CUAAAAUAGAGUACCGAUGUGAUGUGACAGCCACCACGUCAGGAUAUAUGUCCUAUUUGACCGUGCAGGAAAAAAAACAAAAAAAUGUCUUUAAUUGCCAUGUCAGGUAUUAUAAGGAAUGUCUGGAAAUGCUCUACAGUUAGAAUAGCAAUAUGCCGAUAUUCAAGCACUGCUCGGACUGAAACCUUUGCUGGUUAUGGUGAAAUGAAAAUGAAGAAAGCGGAGGUUCGUGAUUAUAUAGAUGCUAGUGAUCCCGAGACCGAAUCAGUGAUUGCAGAAGAUGUCAGCAUAUUUGAAAACUUUCUGUCCGAAAAGGAAGAGUUGUCGCUGCUCUCCGAGGUAGAACCACGACUCAAAAUGAUGAAAUAUGAAUUUGACCACUGGGAUAGCGUUAUUUAUGGUUAUCGUGAAACAGACAAAAAGGAUUGGAAUAAAGCAAACACUGAGAUUAUCAACAGAGUUCGUGAACUUGCAUUCCCUCCCGAUGUUCCACAACUUACAUACGUUCACCUCUUAGACCUCUCCAGAAGUGGCUACAUCAACCCACACAUUGACAGUGUUAGGUUUUGUGGUAACGUAAUAGCGGGUUUGAACACACUAUCACCGUGUGUGAUGAGAUUUGUUCAUUAUGAACAGAAAGACAAGUUUGCAGAUAUUUUAAUUGAAAGACGAUCUUUGUAUGUGAUGAAAGGGAAAGCAAGGUACGAUUUCACUCAUGAGAUAUUGCCACAAAAGCUCUCUACCUUUAAAGGAAGAAAUGUCCACAGAGAAAGGAGGAUUGCUAUCAUUUGUAGAAAUGAACCUAUCGAAGGAGUGGAAGAGAAAACACCAUCCUAAAUGCAGAAGAAAGCUAAUUUUUGCAUCUUAGUCCAUUUUCAAAGGAUUUGAAUCUUACUUUUUUUUGUAUUUCUCAUAAAUACUCAAACAUGGCACCUAAAAUGGCAAAGAAAUGUUGAUAAUGAAUACUAAUGUAUUUUAAUUAUCAUUAUGAUUAUAAUAAUUAUAAUUUAAUGUUGUAUGAAUAUUUGAAAGUGCCACAUACUCCAUUUUAUUCAGGAAUCAAUAUCAGCUUUGUGAAGAUUUUUGUAAUUUGAAAAUGGAUUUAAGUGUAAUCAUGACUAUUUUUACAAAGGUCUUGGGCUUUCAUGUAAUUUGUUGCUGUGAAAUUAUCUGAAAGUACUUAAAAUGACGAAACAUCUGUAUAAAUACUUUGAUAAAUACCACCAGCUUUUAUAUGUAAAAUAUCCCACUGAAUUUCAAGAUUUCACAAUUUAAAUUACUGUUAUAAAUGUGCUUUUUGACAUAUACCCAACUGCCUUCUUUGUAUCAGUUUUCACUAACAAAAUUGUUCCAGGAAUGAUUCAAUCUAAUUUUGCUCAAAUUAAGUAGGUAAUUCUUUUGACCACUUAUUGUAGACUUAAAAAUGUAACAAUUGAGUUUUUAAGGAUGUGCACACAGCUGGAAUUUUGAAAUUGUGAAUCAUCUUUUUGACUAACGAAGAUUGUUUUUGGGAUAAUAAUUUUGUUAAAAUUUAGCAAAUGAUUACUAUGAUCACUUUUUGUGGAGUUUUAAGCAGAAAAAUAAAUGUUUUAAGUUGA